AAGUGCGGUGUUGUAAAAAUUUUGUGAUCUACAAAUGUACAGAAUUUUAAAGAAUAAUCAAGCUGUGCCUUGGGAAAAGGUUGUAUAUUGGGGCGCAAUAAGUUAAUUUAAGAAAAAUUCUUGAUUUCAUAGUGAUAAAAAUGUACUUUAAAGUCAAGACUUGUUCUAGAUAAUAUCUCAUUGCAGCGACUAUUUAUACACGUUAUCAGCUGAGUACCGAGACUAGAAACUUACAUGUAUAUGUGAUACUCGUGAGAGAUUGUUUACAAUUUGAGAAGUAAAAUGAAGAAGAUUUUAAUUGCUGUUGAUGGCAGCAAGGAAUCUAUAUUUGCUCUCAAAGAAUACAUGGAAAAAAUCCAUAACGAAGACAAGUAUGCGGUGGUUAUCCAUUGUGCACAUUACAGCAUUUCAAAUCCAGAAGAAUUGUCCAUUACUAGAGAUGAUGCUCAGACAAUAAAGGAUAUUCUACAAAAGGACGAACAAAGAAUGUUAGCCCUGACUGAGGACUUAAAGAGACUUCUGAAAGAAAAUAAUAUCCCCGGCGAAGUGGUAAGACUUGAAGGAAAGCCUGAAAGUGCAAUUAUUUCUAAAGCGGAGGAGUUAGACGCAUCGUUGAUUGUGAUGGGAUCACGUGGUUUAGGGACAAUACGACGAACAAUUCUGGGCAGUGUCAGUGAAUAUGUGCUUCAUCAUUCUCAUAUCCCAGUCAUGGUCUGCAAAUGCGAAUCUAAUAACAGUACUGAAAAGAAUGAAAGCCGGGAUUUAAUAAUCUAAAUACAUUACAAAGUCCAAAGGAAGGUGUCCCCCCUCUAGCCUUUGAUAUUAAGCAGACAAAAAUUGCAGGAUUUGGAAUUUCUCGUUGGCAUUUAGUUGCAAAUUGACAGAAUAAUUAUGAUGAACAUUAAAAUUUAUCUAGCUAUUAGUGAGGGUUUUUUGUAGGGUAUUAUUAUUUAAAUAAUAAAAAUCAAUAAAUAAUCAAUAAUUCAAUAAAAAGAUAUUUUAUAUUGUUUUAACUCUGGGCUUUUGGAAAACAGCCAAACGAAUAUGGCAAAAUGAAUAUGAUAAUUAUUAUCGAGCCUAUAUCAAAAUAUUAUUUGGUAUAAUUGUAAGUCUUGUCAUCCAAUUUAAGAUGGGGCCAAAAUGCUCAUAUCCCAAGAAACUCGCGAUAUUCCUCUAGGCUACAUUAAGUAUGUGGAAAUCACUAUAAAAAGUAUUGUAGCAAACAAAAUAAAUCUAAAAUUAUCUUAACAUAUUUGCAGGUUGUAUUUCAAAAAUUGAUAUUAAUGAAACAUUAAGAUCUUUCUUGAUUGCAUACUCGGAGCUUCAUGAAUAUAUUUUAUGGUUUUUUAAAAUCUAUUUUGAGUUCACCUCGAUUUACCAUAAAAUACUCUGAAAGCACAUGCUAAUCAAAGAAAGGAUAAAAGAAAGAAGCCUCAAACAAUUUUUUUUCACAAAACACAACAUUGACCGCUCGUAUCUGAUAUAAAAUAUUUUCUUUAUACGGAAUUUUCUCUGCUAAU